GCUCUGCCCAGGGCUCUCAGUGCGGGGCGACAACGCUGGCGAACAUGGCGUCGGAAGGGAUGAUUUUAACAAACCACGACCACCAAAUACGAGUCGGAGUUCUCACAGUGAGCGACAGCUGCUUCAGGAAUCUAGCUGAAGACCGCAGUGGAAUAAAUCUCAAAGACCUCAUUCACGACCCCUCCCUGCUCGGAGGCACAAUCUCUGCCUACAAAAUUGUCCCCGAUGAAAUCGAUGAGAUCAAGGAGACGCUGAUGGACUGGUGCGAUGAGAAGGAGCUAAACCUCAUCUUGACCACCGGGGGUACAGGCUUUGCGCCCCGUGAUGUCACGCCAGAGGCCACGAAGGAGGUGAUCGAGCGCGAGGCCCCGGGGAUGGCGCUGGCCAUGCUGAUGGGCUCCCUCAACGUCACGCCCCUGGGCAUGCUCUCCAGGCCCGUGUGCGGCAUCCGAGGGAAAACGCUCAUCAUCAACCUGCCCGGCAGCAAGAAGGGCUCCCAGGAGUGUUUUCAGUUUAUUUUACCAGCACUGCCACAUGCCAUCGACCUGCUGCGGGAUGCUGUGGUUAAGGUGAAGGAGGCUCGCGAUGAGCUGGAGGACCUGCCGUCACCGCCGCCACCCCUGUCCCCACCUCCUGCCACCAGCCCGCACAGGCAGACCGAGGACAAGGGUGUGCAGUGUGAGGAAGAAGAUGAGGAGAAGAAAGACAGCGGCGUGGCCUCCACUGAGGACAGCUCCUCGUCCCACAUUACAGCCGCCGCAAUCGCAGCAAAGAUUCCAGACUCCAUCAUCUCGCGGGGCGUCCAGGUUCUGCCCCGGGACACAGCCUCCCUCAGCACUACCCCCUCCGAGUCACCCCGCGCUCAGGCCACCUCACGACUCUCUACCGCCUCCUGCCCCACACCCAAAGCCUCACGGAGAGAGUUCAGGGCUCACCUGGAUGAGGUCAUCACGCUCAAGUCAAGGUACUCUACCUUGGACCAGGUGCAAUCAAGAUGCAGCAGUAAAGAAAACAUCCUCAGAGCGAGUCACAGUGCGGUGGACAUCACCAAGGUGGCUCGCAGGCACCGGAUGUCCCCCUUCCCUCUCACUUCCAUGGACAAGGCCUUCAUCACUGUGCUGGAGAUGACUGCUGUCUUGGGCACCGAGAUCAUCAACUACCGUGAUGGGAUGGGUCGAGUGCUGGCGCAGGACGUCUAUGCCAAAGACAAUCUGCCUCCCUUUCCUGCCUCUGUUAAGGAUGGCUAUGCUGUCAGAGCUGCUGAUGGCCCCGGAGAUCGCUUCAUCAUUGGGGAGUCGCAGGCCGGAGAGCAGCCCACCCACACGGUGAUGCCUGGACAGGUGAUGAGGGUGACAACAGGGGCGCCCAUCCCCUGCGGGGCAGAUGCCGUUGUCCAGGUGGAGGACACCGAGCUCCUCCGGGAGUCAGAAGAUGGCACGGAGGAACUGGAGGUGCGGAUCCUGGUGCAGGCACGUCCAGGCCAGGAUAUCAGGCCCAUUGGACAUGACAUCAAGCGUGGCGAAUGUGUUCUGGCCAAGGGCACCCACAUGGGCCCCUCAGAAAUAGGCCUACUGGCCACAGUGGGUGUCACCGAGGUGGAGGUGCAGAAGUUCCCUGUGGUGGCGGUCAUGUCCACUGGCAAUGAGCUGCUGAACCCCGAGGAUGAUCUGCACCCAGGCAAGAUCCGGGACAGCAACCGUUCCACGCUGUUGGCCACCAUCCAGGAGCACGGCUACCCAACCAUCAACUUGGGCAUUGUUGGGGACAACCCCGACGACCUUCUCAACGCCUUGAAUGAGGGCAUCAGUCGCGCUGAUGUCAUCAUUACUUCAGGAGGUGUCUCCAUGGGUGAGAAGGACUACCUGAAGCAGGUGUUGGACAUCGAUCUCCAUGCUCAAAUCCACUUUGGACGAGUUUUCAUGAAACCAGGUCUCCCCACAACAUUUGCCACGCUGGAUAUGGAUGGUGCUCGCAAACUCAUCUUUGCUCUACCAGGUAACCCAGUGUCCGCGGUUGUCACCUGUAACCUCUUUGUAAUCCCAGCCCUGAGGAAGAUGCAGGGGAUCUUGGACCCUCGGCCGACCAUCAUAAAAGCAAGGCUGUCAUGUGAUGUUAAGCUGGACCCCCGCCCCGAGUACCACCGCUGCAUCCUCACCUGGCACCACCAGGAGCCAUUGCCGUGGGCACAGAGUACAGGGAACCAAAUGAGCAGUCGACUGAUGAGCAUGCGCAGUGCCAAUGGGCUCCUGAUGCUACCUCCCAAAACAGAGCAAUACGUGGAGCUGCACAAGGGCGAGGUGGUGGAUGUCAUGGUCAUCGGCCGGCUAUGAUGUCUUCUCAAGGGGACAGGGAUGAGACAGGCAGAGACGUAAGGUGAAGCAAGAGAAGGAGGAGAGGUUAACGGUGCAUGUCCACAUAUCAUUGACUAUUCUGUAAUAUGCAAUGGCACAGCUAGUUUUUAUUGAUUUGGAUAAUGUUGAUGAAGUUUAGUCAACAUCUUGAACACAAAAUAAACGAAUUAAUACGUUAAAAAAUAAUAAAGAUAGGAUUUCAAAGAAAAUAUAACUUUUGAAGUUAAAAAAAAUCUAAAUAUAAAAAGAUAAGAGAUUUAUUCUGUAAUAUAUUAAUUAUUAAUAAUUAUUAUUAUUACUACUACUUUGAUUAUUAUCAUAUUAGGACAACUUUGUUCUCUUUCAUUGCAAUUGCUUUGUGUGUUCAAUGCUAGACCAGUAUAGCAGUAGCAUUUUAAUAGAAAUCUGUAGGUGCCUGCCAGGGAAGAAGACUUCUUAUUUUCUCAUCUUCAGAGAAUACAUUUAUGAAAAUAAAAGAAAACCCUUAAAAUGACUGCGGAUGCCCAUGGUGCUCUUGAAGACAAGAGCGCUUUCUACUUUCUUUCUUACUAGUGUUUAGAUCAUAUUUUUCCCUUCUUAGUAUGCUUCAUAACCGCUUCACAAACAGCUUUGCUUGUUGUUUAUCUUGUGAGUUGUGUUUAUGUGCACAGUGCCAAAUGCGUGGGCAGGGCAAGGGUGUGGGGUCACACGCUGGGAUGCCCCAGACCUGGACGCUUCCUUACAGUCACCUGACCAGGUACAGCUCGGCCCCCCCAGGGGCAGGGUCACUGGAAAACAAUCUUUUAUUUAAGUAAAAUUCCAACAGGAGAAACAGCUUCUUUAAGUGCUGGCAGCCUUUUUAAAUCAACUAUACGUGAAAUGUACAGAAAAAAA